AUGGGGAGGCUUCAGGCCUCGACUGAGGAUGGACGGCGUGUAGCAAUGACUGCGAGCAGAGUCACAAACCGUGUCUACGAAGACGAAGAGCUGUCGUCAGAAGCGACCGCGCAGCAAGCAAGAACUCUCGUCAAACUCUCUUCUUCACGCAUCACGGCACAGGCAGCAAGGCUCUAUGAGAAGGUGAUCAUCACCACACACCACGACGUGCCACGACUCACCCUUCCUCUUCCCCAGUUCCUUAUCCUCAACAACGUCUACCCCGGUAUCCAUCAACCUUGUCUCCACAUCGACCUUGUGGCCACUACCUCCUACCCGGGUCGUCGAAGACAGAGGGAGACGCUGGCGGAAAGGUACCUCCUUCGUCUCGUCCUCGUCAGGCUCGGUUCCUCAUCGCGGGUGAUGGCGAUGGUGGAGGAGGUCGUGUUAGAACGUGCAGAAGCCGAGACGGCGAGGGCGGACGCAGAAGAAGACAUCACCAACCUUCACGAUUCAGACACAUACCUGCAGGUCUCGCAGGACGUGUCUAUAAAGAGGAAGAGUCAGAUCUCAGAAGUCAUACCCAUCCGCGUAGCUACCGACCAUUGGACGUUGAACGUUGAACGCCUACCGAUCGUUGAACGUUUGAACACCUCCUACCCCUCGACUACCAUUACCGAGCUUAUCCUCCUCGCCAACUCUCUAAAUACCUUCAUUGGCGGCACAACACAUAUGGCCUUUCUUCGUACCUCGGGCUCCGGCAGCGAAGAUCUAUACGAAGGCAGGCAUCAGCGUGGAUCGCGGUGUGAUAGCACAACUGAUCUUCACUCUUCUCUAGUCCCACCCGCGACACUCGAUGACCACCAACCCUGCCGCACCGCGUUCGACAGAUUCCAACACGUACUCAACAUCUACUUCGUGCCAACGCCCUCUUAUGAAUCAUAUCUUCACAAACAACGGCACGGCAUCGGUACGGCACCAACAAAGGCGGCGCAUACAGAUAACAGAGAGUAG